UGACGGGUGCCGGUCACCCACCACCCCUGGGAGGCAGUAGUUUCGGACCGAGCCACUGUGGGCGACAGCAAGGGGACCCUGUUAACCCAGACUCCACACUGUGGGCGACGGGAGUGGACACUCUCGGCUUGCUGCUGGAGACUCGGGGAGGCAAAACCAGGGAGUAUGUAUCUGGCUGCCUGACCCACCUCCCUAGGAAGAAGCAGACCCCGUCAGUCCGGCUAUGGAAGGCUAUCUGAUCGCUCCGUACCCCGAGGAUAUUGCCCCUUACGACAGCGAGGUGUACAGACAGCCCCAUGAGUAUUACACUUACCUGGGCAGCGAUGGGGACAGCCACAGCGACUGGGAUUACACAAGUGGCCACAUUCAUGGAGACUUUGAGUCAUUUGCUGACCAUCACUUCACCGAAUUGCAGAGCGUUCAACCCCCCCAGCUGCAACAGCUGUACCGACAUAUGGAGCUCGAACAGCUACACGGGUUAGAAUCCUUACCAGCGACCACCAUUCCCAUCGGAACAGCAAUACAUUACAACAAAACACAACCUUCAACAACUACCAGCUUCACAUCUCCCCAGGUGCCCUUUGUGUCCCACUGGUGCCCACAGUACACAUCCUCAGCUGAACGGAGUUCCGAUGAGGAAGAGCUGGAGAGGCGAAGUCCACCAUUAGAAGUGUCGGAUGGAGAAACAGAGGUUACAGAUUCUUUUCCCCACAUGGGUAGUGCAGAUUCAGGAAACAAGAAGAAGAUCCGACUCUACCAGUUCCUGCUGGAUCUCUUGCGGAGUGGCGAUAUGAAGGAGAGUAUCUGGUGGGUGGAUAAGGACAAGGGGACAUUCCAGUUCUCCUCAAAACACAAGGAGGAACUGGCAAACCGCUGGGGGGUACAGAAGGGUAACCGCAAGAGGAUGACCUACCAGAAAAUGGCCCGUGCUCUGAGAAACUAUGGCAAGACGGGGGAGGUGCGUAAGGUAAAGAAGAAGUUGACGUACCAGUUCAGCGGCGAGGUGAUGGAAAGAUUGGAGUGGAAGCGAUACCCAUAAUGAGUUGUUCCCCUUUCUCCUCCACCUCUGCAUGCUCACAGCAUCAACAACCACUCUGCCCCUUUCCGUCUGUACUGGGGAGCCCCUCAUUCAGAGACACCGAGAAAUGUUGGAAAGAAGACAAAAUCCCACAUCGAUCCGGAAAUAUCUGGGAACGAGAAUGCAUCACACAACUCCUCAUCAGUGCCUCCCCUCCCCCUCCAUUUGGUCUGCCGACCCUCCAUUCGCACACCCCACUCUGCCCUCAGCCUGCCAUCCCUCCUCCUAUCCCAAUGCCAACUUACUCCCAUCCCCACAGACUGCCCUCUGCCUCACCACCUCCUCCUCCUCCCUGCCCUUUUCCCUCCAAUCCUAAUGCCUACCUGCCCCGUGCCCCCUCUCCACAGCCCCCACUCCCUGCCCAUCGCGUCCAAUGUCCAUCUAUCUUCUGCUGCUCCCUAAACCUCUGUUCCCUUUAUCUCCACCUGCCUCCCCACCCCUCUCCUUCACCUCAUUCACCUACUUGCCAUUUCAUCUGUCUCUCCAUAGUUCACCCUGCUGCCUCUUCCUUCCUUCCCCUCCCUCAUUCCCGUUUUUCUCUCCCCUUCUAUCUCUUGUCCACCCUCUUCCACUUGCUGCAGACAUAACUUGCUGAUGCCAGUGGUUGGUGGGGAAGGGUACUGGGCAGGUCCCCAAGUUAUUCAGUCAGGGGCUCAAGGGAGUUGGGAUUGUGAGGGAAAAUAAGUGCGCCUGUCUGCUUAUCUCUAUUUUCUGCCGCUGGGUCUGGCCUCUGUCUGUACGUGACUAUGGAAUAAACCCUCAUCAUCGAAUCCACCACUGACCUCACUCACUUUCACUUGGUCUUUGUGAAUGGGCUUUGUGAGGCAGUUCAUUCACUGGUCUCUCCAUCGAGGCCCAGAGAUGCCUGCCUCAAGGCACAGCCAAAGAGCCAAGAGCCAGGAACACUCUUCAUGCAACACCCAAAAACCCCUCCAAAAACAUCAGGCAAUCACCAUCUCCAACAAGAGACAAUCUAACCAAUCCCC